AUGCUCCUUGGGGCACUUUCCUUGGCAAUUAUAACUCUCCUUUUCCUCUUGAAACUAAUGUUUUCUUGGUGGGUUUCACCUAUGCAAACACAUCAAAGGCUUAAAAGAUGUGGGUUUGAAGGGCCACCCCCAAGUUUUCCACUUGGGAACAUUGAAGAGAUGAAAAAGAAGAAUAGCGUUAACUCAUCACUCGGAUCCUCAAAUCUUCCCCAUGAUAUACACUCAACUGUGUUCCCCUAUUUUUCUCGGUGGCAAAAUUCUCACGGGAAGGUCUUCAUCUAUUGGUUGGGCACAGAACCGUUUUUGUACAUUGCUGACCCAGAAUUCUUAAAGAAAAUGUCCACAGAGGUGCUGGCUAAGAGAUGGGGAAAACCCAGUGUGUUUAGAAAUGACAGAGAACCCAUGUUUGGAAAUGGUUUGGUUAUGGCUGAAGGCCACGAAUGGGUUCGUCAGAGGCAUGUUAUAGCCCCAGCAUUUUCUCCCCUUAACUUGAAGGUAAUGACGAGCAUGAUGAUGGAGUCUGCAAAUCAAAUGAUAGAUAGAUGGAUUACUCAAAUUAAAUCUGGCAACAUUGAAAUCGAUGUGGAGAGGGAGGUUAUAGCAACGGCAGGGGAGAUUAUAGCACGAACAAGCUUUGGAAUGAAUGAUGAAAAUGGAAGGGAAGUGUCUGAAAAAUUAAGGGCACUACAGAUGACCCUUUUUAAGACAACAAGAUAUGUAGGGGUACCAUUUGGCAAGUGUUUCAACGUGAAGAAGACCCUUGAGGCAAAGAAACUUGGGAAGGAAAUUGAUAAGCUCUUGUUAGCCGUCAUAACAACUCGCAAGAAAUCAAUCAAAAAUCAAACUCAAGAAGACUUAUUAGGAUUGUUGUUACAAGAAAAUCAUCAAGUUGAUGGAAGGUUAGGGAAGAGAUUAACCACACGAGAAUUGGUAGAUGAGUGCAAGACCUUCUUCUUUGGUGGCCAUGAGACAACAGCAUUGGCUAUUUCAUGGACUUUGUUGCUUCUAGCUAUGCAUGAAGAUUGGCAAAUCCAAUUAAGAGAUGAGAUAAGAGAAGUGAUCAAUGAUAAGGAACUUGAUAUCAAUGCUCUUGCUGGGCUGAAAAAGAUGAAGUGGGUCAUGAAUGAAGUUCUAAGACUCUACCCACCAGCACCAAAUGUGCAAAGGCAAGCGAGAGAAGACAUUCAAGUUGAUAAUUUAACAGUGCCUAAUGGGACGAACAUGUGGAUCGAUGUUGUAGCAAUGCACCAUGACCCAGCAUUGUGGGGAAAAGAUGUGAAUGAAUUUAGACCAGAGAGGUUCAUGGAUGAUAUCAAUGGUGGAUGCAACCAUAAGAUGGGAUACUUGCCUUUUGGGUUUGGAGGGAGGAUGUGUGUUGGUAGGAACUUAAGCUUUAUGGAGUAUAAGAUUAUGUUAACCCUACUCCUUUCUAGAUUCAGUUUUAAACUUUCCCCAGGUUAUAACCAUUCACCUUCUAUCAUACUCUCCCUUAGGCCAACUUAUGGACUUCCUCUCAUAGUUCAGCCCCUUUAA